UUUUUUGCAAAAUUGAGUUAGGGUUAGGGUUAAGUGUGAUAAGUUGCAUGCGAAUUUGAAUUAUGCUAAAGUGAUGUGUUUUUGUUUCAUAUGCAAUUUAUAAUUUGGAUUGUGAUCUAAUGUGUUGUUGGUAAAUGUUGUUGUUAGGAUGAGUACAAUGUGGUUGUUAGUUCGUACUCCAGGAGGUACUUUUGAUGUGAGGGUGGAUGACACCAAUGAUGGCCUUGAAGUUUUCAAAUUCCAGUUGUUUUCUCUUACUUCAAUUCCACCUGAUGAACAGAAGAUUGUCAGCGGUGAUGAUAGCAGAAUCAUUUAUGAUGAUUCUGACUUAAUUUCGAUUUCGAAUAAACUGCGUUUGCUUUCCAUCAACGAUGAUACUGUUGCAGAGUCUUCUACUGGUAACUCGCAAUUUAAUGAAGAGUUACUUAAGGCUGAUGAAGAAUUCGCUCAAUUGCUUCAGGUGAUCAAUGUUAGAUUUGGUUCUAAUUUGGUGCAAAAUUGCAAUUUUGAAAUAUCGCGUCACAAUUAUAGCAUUUAGCUGGUGAAAAGUUCAUGUCAUGACUAUUGUGAUGGCUAUCGUCAAUCAAACAUUUGAAGAAUUUAUG